AUGGAGGGGAAAACUAUUCUUCUUUGCUUUAUGGUGCUUGUUCUGCUAGGACAUUCAACUCAUGCUUGGAAUUGCCAUACCGAGAGUGCUUACUCACAUCCGUUGAUUUGUCUAGGUACUACCUGCCAUUCAAAAUGCGUGAAGAAGUGGGGAAAGCUCUUCAAUCAUUCUUCUUGUAAAGUUCGAGGAUUUUUCAAAGUGUCAUGUGAAUGUGUUGUCUGUGAUCUAUGA